AUGGUUGAUUUUGAGGAUGUGUUGAACAUUGGAGAAAAUGGACAUGAACGGAAUAGAGUUGAUGAAAAGGGCAUAAGAAGUUUAGAAGGAAUGGCAGUGAAAUACUUCUUGUUAUUUGCUGCUGCUGCUGCUGCUGCUGCUGUUGUCUUUGUUCCUGUUCUGGCUAUCAAAAAUCUCAAACUACAGAGAGCCCUCUAUAAUAAUCUGGUCACAGAGUUCCAAACCAAGCCACAAGAAGAAAUUGUCAAAGCACACAAUGUUUUGAGGAGAACAGUGUACCCAACAGCCAGGAACAUGCUGAAGAUGAGUUGGAAUAAAGCUGCUGCUACAAAUGCUAGAAUCCUGGCAAGAUACUGUGACAUGUCAGAUAGUGACCCGCUUGAGAGGAGACUUAACGAAACAUUUUGUGGAGAAAAUAGGCAUUUGGAUCAUUACCCCCACUCGUGGACAAACAUAAUUGAAAUAUGGCACAAUGAAUCCAAACAUUUCACAUAUGGAGAAUGGCCAUCCUCAGAUGAUGACUUCCAGACAAAUCAUUACACUCAGAUGGUCUGGGCCACUUCUUACCUCAUUGGCUGUGAUGUUGCAUCAUGUCGAAGAUAUAAUACCAUAUCAUUUCUCUAUGUGUGUCAUUAUUGUCAUGAGGGAAAUAAUCCUUACACACUAAAUAUGCCUUACAAGGAGGGCUCACCAUGUGAAGACUGUCCAAAUGACUGUGACGAGGGACUAUGCACUAACCCCUGUCCUUACUAUGAUGAAUACAACAACUGUGAUAAGCAAUUGGCAACUAAGGGAUGCUCACAUCCAGCAGUUCUACUGUUCUGCAAAGCUUCUUGUCUGUGUAAGACCGAAAUAAAAUAA